GGAGGGAGAAAUUACGGGACGUGUUAUUAUUAAUGAUUGUACCUAUAACUAUAAAAACUCGAGCAACAUUUAACGCGUACUUAGUUCUUAGUGAACAUUCAAUAUAGAUCUUUCUUACCCGAGCUCCUCGACAACUCAGUAAGGAAGAUGAAGAUCCUCGCUAUUGUCUUUGCCUUCUGCUUCGUCGGGACUUUGGCAUUUUCAAAUAGCAUAAAAGCCAAGGUGGAACGUUUCAGGGCAUCUUGUAUCACAGAGACUAGUAUCGAUCCAAAAUUAAUACAGGGUGCUAAGGAAGGCAUUAUAUCUAAGGCAGACGAGAGACUUGGUUGUUACACGUACUGUAUGCUGAGGAAAAAGGGAAUCGUAGAAGAGAAUGGUCGCCUUUGGGUAAACAUUGCCAAGAGACAGUUAAUAACCUAUGGAGCUGACGCGCUAAUGGCUGAUGAAAUGGUCGAUAAAUGCAAAAACAUCGCUGGUGGCAACGAAUGUAAGCAAGCUAGUAACUUGAUACAGUGUUUCCUGGAGAUCAGGAGUUUAUACAUAUUCUAACUAAAAAUCAAACUGCUGAAAUGAAAUGGUUUAAUUUGCAACUCGAUGCAUUUCGUAAUUUAUUUUGCACAAAAUAUUUAUAGAUUUAAAUUAAUAAAUUAUAAUAAUGUACAUAUUAUUUGACACUUAAAUCUUUGUUCGCAUAGUCAAAAUACAAGUUGUUUCACCAUCUUG